AAAUUUUAAAAACAAUAUAAAUAGCAUUACCACUACUUUUAUAAAUAACACAUAUUCCAAUAUAUUUUUAAUAUGAUAUUGAAAAACAUCUUGUUGAUCAAGAAAGUUGUAUCAUAAAUAGGGCCUUUAACAAACACAGCUGCAAAUCCAAAACACAAGUGUUUUUUGUCAGUGUCAAUAUAAAAAUUAUGGGAGAAGAAGUGAAGCUUUAUGGUGCUAGGGGAAGCCCUUUUAGUAACAGAGUAAACAUAGCUCUGAAACUCAAAGGAGUUGAAUACAAAUACUAUGAAGAAGAUCUGAAGAACAAGAGUACUUCCCUCCUCAAAUAUAAUCCAAUUCAUAAGAAAGUUCCUGCCUUUGUCCACAAUGGAAAGCCCUUAGCAGAGUCACUUGUAAUUCUUGAAUAUAUCGAUGAGACAUGGAAGACUCACCCCAUCUUGCCUCAACACCCUUAUGAAAGAGCUCAAGCCCGUUUCUGGAGUCGUUUCAUUGAUGACAAGAUCGUAACAACAACAAUUAAAGUGGUUAAGGUGAAGGAGGAGCAGAAAAAUGCGUUGGAAGAAGUAAGUGAGUACCUGGAGAUCUUAGAGAAAGAGUUGAAAGAAAAGUAUUUUGGAGGAGAAAGCAUUGGGAUGGUGGACUUAGCAGGAAACUUCAUAGCCCAAUGGAUCCCAACAAUAGAAGAACUUAUGGGAGUAGAGAUAUUGACAGAGGCGAAGUUUCCAAAGCUCUGUAAAUGGAGCCAUGAUUUUGCUACUCAUCCUGUGGUCAAGGAAGUAUCGCCCUCUAAAGAAGAACUCGUUGCUAUCUUCAAGCCUCGUUGGAGCCCCACCAACUGAAAAGAAAAUUAUCAUAUCAUUAUCACCUUAUGUUAUCAUAAUGAAUAAAAUACUGGACUAGACAUAGUCAUUGUUAUCUUCGAAUAGUCAUUCCUAGUUUUUUUUCAUAAUUAUGCUUCAAUGUGUUUCAAAGAUUUUCAUUAACUUACAAUUAAAAGAUGUUUUUAACGAAGAGAUUGGAAAUCGAAAUAAUGUGAAAUUAAAUGUUUCUUUUCUUUUA